AGCUCCUUCCUCUUACCUAUGUGUGCGGAAUAUCAGACGUCUAUCUGAAUGUUAAGGCGUGCUUUAAACAGAGUUCAGGACAACUGGAAAUCGUACAGACAUCGGUUUGUACCUUGGGUUGUUCUGAACCUGUCUAAAAAUGAGAAAACUCUGCGGCAGGUGACGGACCGCUCUAAAGACAAGCUGGUCCCAGAUCAGGAAGUUUCAGAGAGCCUGCUGCAGCUCUUCAGUGUCCUGCUCAGGAGUCAUGGGGCUGACCAUGGGGAGCUUCGAGGGGCUCAAUCUCAUCUUCUCAGAAAGGAAACCACUAAACAACACCAGUGUGAAGAGGAGGCAAUGUUACGAUCGCUAGGAUUCUGCAUUGCACGGAAACCCAGCACUUUACCCUUUGCAGGAACUGGCGUGUUUGUCACCAAAGGAUGUAUAUCAAAAGGAGCUACAGUGGCCAUGUACCCUGGCACAGUCUAUCAAGUCUAUGAGCCAAUUCUCCUCCAGUCCAUCAGAAACCCAUUUGUAUUCAGGUGCAUUGAUGGGGUCCUGAUUGAUGGCAAUGACAAAGGCAUCUCCAAAGUGGUGUUCAAGUCCUGCAGUGGCCGGGACAGAAUGGGGCCCUUCUUGAUGAGUGACACCAGUUGGCUGACCUCCAGUUCACAAAACCCACUUGCUGUUGGACAGUAUGUGAACAACUGCUCCAACGAGUAUCCUGCUAACGUUUGCUACCAGGAGUUUGACGUGCCAGACAAAUUUCCCAUCAAGCUCCGCCAGUAUCUGCCUAAUGUCAACUACAGCACAGACUCACAGAGGCCCCUACGCUGUGUUGUCCUUGUGUCCCUCAGAGACAUCACAGCAGGGGAGGAACUAUUCUCCAACUACUACACCAUUGUGCGUUAGAGUCAGAGUACACUUACUGUACACUGUUCUGCUUUGGUGUUGGAAGUGAAGAAAACAUUUACAUUUUAAAAUGUUAUCAUUGCCUGGAGAAAAAAAACAUUUAUUAAAAUAUUUCUCUUUGUACUCUCAGCGUUACACUUGAAUACAUGCAAAACAUGUUUAUAUGGAUUUCUAUAACAUGCAAGAAAUAAAACUGCUCUUAUUUAA